CCCUCACUCCGCAGUUGGAGCGGCUGGCAGCGCGGAGUGUGGAGGCGCCGCAGCACUUCGCAGCACUUCGGAGCGGAGCUUCAGACCCGAGGGCAACUCUGCGCUGCAGCCUGACUCGCGAGUCGAACCGCUGAGACCAGCCAUGGACCUUCGGCUGCGGGACCUGCGCCUUCAGGAGGAAAGGGAGUUUCUGGAGAGUGUGGUGCUACCCCAGCCAGUUAAUAUGGAGCACGCUACAGGGCCAAUGAGUGAGAAUGCUCUGGAUCAGUCCCCGGUGGAAGAAGCCAGAAGGGGCAGUAGGGGGAAAGUCAUUGUCCCUGAGCCCCUUAUUACUGAUGGUGAUUGGCAGAUGCCAUGUGUCCCCAAAUCCCCAAGAGAUGCCAGUCUAAUUCUGGAAGCAGUUAAACGCAAUGAAUUCCUACGAUGCCUGGGUGAUGGUCAGAGCCAGACGCUAGUGGAGAGCUUCACUCCAGAGCAGCGCCAGCCUGGUGACAUUGUAGUGGCUGAGGGCGAUGAGGGUCAUGCCAUGUACAUCGUGGCUGAGGGGGAGCUCAGUGUGACGCAGAAGGGGCGCCAUCUCCGUAGGCUGCUCCCAGGGGAUGUGUUCGGAGAGCUGGCUGUGCUAUACAACUGCCAGCGCACGGCAACUGUCAUGGCACUCACUGUGGUGCAGUUGUGGGCCAUUGACCGACAGAUAUAUCGCAGCAUCAUCACUGAAAACGCCAAGCGGAAACGUGCUUUGGCCCUUGCAGGCUUGCGAGGGGUGAAACCUCUCCAAGGUCUGUCCGAUGCUGCUCUUUCACAGCUGCUGGACUCUGCAGAAGAGCGCACCUUCACUCCCAAUGAAGUCAUCAUCCAGGAAGGAGAUGAGGGGAGAGCCUUCUUCUUCAUUCUCACCGGAGAGGUUGAGGUGACCAGGAAUGUGGAUGGACAGGAGGAGCACAUCCGAGUGCUAAAGGCUGGAGACCACUUUGGGGAGCUUUCUCUCAUCCGCAACAUCCGCCGGACAGCCAGCUGUCGAGCACAGGAUGAAGUAACUUGCAUUGCAGUAGCUAAGGAGGAUUUCCAGGAGCUGAGCCCAAUGUGCGUUCGUGAACCAGAAGUCAUGGUACAAGAGGAUCUCCCUCUUUCUGAAACUAGGAGAAGUUCCUUCCUAGAGGGCCCCCCAACUCCAGUGCGACUCCAGGAUCUUCUACCUGUUUUCUACGAGGAUGGGGAGCAGCAAGGGAGGCCGGUGAUUUUGGGCACUGGUGGCUUUGGCACUGUUGAGCUGGUCCGAAGCACAGUGGAGGGCCAAGACUAUUUCUUUGCCCUCAAGCGCCUGAGGAAGGACCACGUGGUGCAGAAGCGUCAGCAGGACCAUGUUCUGAUGGAGAAGAAAGUCCUGCAGCAAAGCCGCUGCCCCUUCAUUGUCAGGCUCUUUUCAACCUUUCGAGAUAGCCGCCAUGUCUACCUGCUGCUGGAGUUCUGCCAAGGAGGCGAGCUAUGGGCCAAGCUGCGCGAAGUCCGCUGCUUCUCAGAGCCCGUGGCCAUCUUCUGUUCUGCUUGUGUGGUUGAGGCUCUGGACUACCUGCAUGGACAGGGCAUUGUGUAUCGUGACCUGAAGCCUGAGAAUCUCAUGUUGGAUGCCAAGGGCUACGUAAAACUGGUGGACUUUGGCUUUGCCAAGGCACUCAGACGUGGUGAGAAGACUUACUCCUUUUGUGGGACUCCUGAGUACUUGGCCCCUGAGAUCUUGCGCCAUGAAGGACAUGAUUAUGCUGUGGACUUCUGGACACUUGGUGUGCUCAUCUUUGAAAUGCUUGUAGGACGACCUCCAUUCCACAGUGCUGAACCUCAAAAGAUAUACAGCAGGAUCAUGGAUGGUGUCUUCUCUUUCCCCGCCUUUGUCAGUGAGGCUGCAUGCUCCCUUGUAGCCAAGCUUUGCAGGCGUCGACCAGGGCAGAGACUGGGCAAUACCAGCAGCGGGAUCCGGGGCAUCCGGAAGCAUAGGUGGUUUAGCUCCCUUUCCUGGAAGAAACUGGCGCUGCGUCAGAUUGAGGCUCCCACCACAGUGCUGCUCAAACAGGGUUUUCCCUACGCCAAUUUCAAGCGGUACUCUGUUUCACGGCAGCUGCCUGAGGAGGAGUUCUCUGGCUGGGAUGAAGAUUUCUGAGUUUCUGGGACUGCAGGGGGAAAGGCCUGCCAAGAGGCAUCUCCCUGAGGCCCCAUGGACUGGAUGGGUCUUUGGAAGCACAGCUAAGAGACCUGAGUCACCCCAGCAACUUCUCCCACUCCCACAACCAGAUGCCCCUGAAGAGGGGUCUGCUGCCUUGCUGUCCUCCUGCCUUUCCACCUUUCUCUUCAGUGCUUGGCAGAGACUAGACUGCCCCUCCUGUUGUCUCGCUCCCCACUGCUCUUCUGUUCUCUGAGAGAUUAUUGCAGUGGGCAAAGUCACUGUGAGUGGGGGUGGUUGUCUUCCUGUGUUGUGCUGCUCAAUGUGGGGAAUAAAUACAUUCAG